UGCUAUUGUAGCCAACAAAAUAGUUUACUCGAUACAUUCUCAAAUCUUUAUUUGCACGUCACGACUGUCGUGCACAUAAGCAACCAUGUUCGCCAAACCAAGACCCAAAAAGAGCAUUCUGCCUCCGCCAUCCAAGAAGCGAAAGAUGACAGCUGCAGUCGAGGAAGUUAACUUCGACUUCGAGGCGCGACAGGAAUAUUUGACUGGUUUCCAUAAGCGCAAGCAGCAGCGUAUCAAGAAUGCUCAAGAAGAGGCUGCCAAGAGGGCUCGCCAGGAGAAGCUGGAGUUGCGAAAACAGAUACGAGAAGAACGAAAGCGCGAUGUCGAAGAGCACGUCCAGACCGUAAACAGAUUAUUGCAGGAGUCGGAAGCUGCUGGAGCGGUUGAGCAGGAAUCUGACGAGGCAGACGGGGAGUGGGACGGUUUUCCUGAUCAGCCAGAGCUGGAUAUUGUUGAUCACGAAGAAGAGUACAUUGACGAAGAUCGUUACACCACUGUCACGGUCGAGUCUGUGUCGGUGACAAGAGAUGGAUUACACAAACCCCAAGUCGACGACAAGGAUAAUGAGGAGGAUAAAAAGGUUGAAGAACCCAAGGACGAUCAAAAAGCAAAGUCACGACGGGAACCCAAGAAAAAGAAGAAGAAGUUCCGAUACGAGACCAAGUUCGAGAGGCAGUUGACGGAUAAGAAGCAGAGAAUCAAGAAGGCAAAAAGGAGAGCAUGAUAAAGUACGUCGGAGCUCAAUGGACUUGGACAACAUAGAAGGAUGUAAGA